UGCGCUGCUUACUGAACGGUCUAGAUUUCCCGAUCUCAAUCACUAAAAUCUCCAUGAAUUUCUUUGGCCGUAGCAAGGAGUGGACUCACAGAACCAGCCGUUCAAAAGGUAGCGCCGGUGAUCCUCGCCGGCUUUAUAUCAAAUUAGUCAUCACAAAAAUCUCCACGAGAUAGCGGACUCACACGGUCCCCUGCUUCCAGUUCUCGGAGAAAAAAACCCUCAAAGACCCUGGAGGGAGAGAGCGGGAGCUGAGAGAGAGGCUUCAGAGGUACUCGGCGAGCUCGCCUGAGCUCCUUCGAUCCUUCUUCAUCUCUUUCUCUUCCCUGCUUCUCGUUAAUGGCGGCCUCUACUUCCUCCUCGUCGGUUUCCUCCCCCGGCGUCACGGAGCGGAGGGGCAUCCCGGCAACUUCCUUCGUGGAGGACGUCGAGACCUAUCUCAAGCAAUCCGGCCUCGAUGUCAACUCCUCCCUCUCCUUCCUUCAGGAAAGGCUUCAGCAGUACAAGAUCGUGGAAAUGAAACUUCUAGCACAGCAAAGGGAUCUUCAGGCUAAAAUUCCUGAUAUUGAGAAAUGUUUGGAUAUUGUCGCCACGCUACUAGCUAAGAAGGGUACUGGUGAGGCAUUGAUUGCUGAUUUCGAAGUAUCUGAGGGCAUUUAUUCACGGGCAAGAAUCGAAGAUACUGAUUCGGUGUGUCUUUGGUUGGGAGCAAAUGUGAUGCUAGAGUAUUCUUGUGAAGAGGCAAAGACCCUUCUACAAAAGAACUUAGAAAAUGCUAGGGCCAGUUUAGAAGUCCUUGUUGCUGAUUUACAAUUCUUGAGGGAUCAAGUGACCAUUACUCAGGUUACUACCGCUCGAGUGUAUAACUGGGAUGUUCAUCAGCGAAGGAUCAGACAAGCUGCAAAGGAAACUUAAUUUUCUAGUAGCCCCAUCUUAUUAAACUGGCUCUUGAUUGAUUAUGUUAUUUAGUUGGUUGCUUCUUUCUUCUCACAGUUUUUGAAUCAGGUUCUCUUGUUAGUUUUUAGUUAUGUUGUUGUGAAGUAAUUAUAUCUUCAGAAAAUUUCUACUGAUUGUGUAUGUUGAUAUGAGAUCAAGCGUUUUUGUCAGAUUUAUAUUCGCUGUUUGCUAUCA